CAGACAUAUAGUAGGAAUGUCCGAUUGUAGAAAUGAAAUUACUUUGUCUCAAUCAAGUAACGGACAUCAUAAUUGCACCAUACAAUAUCUCAAUAAAACUACUGAGGGAUUUGAAUGUCCAUUUUCACACUUAGACAGUUCACCAGGAAUGGUGUGGGUUUGUGGUGAAACUGCAUAUUACCAUUUAGAUGCAGGGGAAUGGAAAGGUUGUUGUUAUGCUGCGAUUUUGUCCACAGGAACUAGCAUAAUGGAAAAGACAAAUCUGGCCACAUCUUUGAAUAGACAUAAAAGGGAAGUAAAACUGCCAAAUUAUUAUGCAGGCCAUAAGAUUAGUGAUCCAUGGACUACUCCUUGGGAGAACGUGGGAUGGUCCCUAGCAGGUUUGUUUACAGGAACCGGUACUACUGUUGCUCUGAAUAAAAUUAAUGGUCUGGCAUGGCAAGUUCUUUCUUUGGAAAAUGACACAGCACAAGCUUUAAACUUAAUCUCUAACGAAUUAAAGAAAAUGAGAGUUGCCGUCGUGCAACAUAGACUUGCUUUGGAUAUAUUAACAGCAGAGAAAGGAGGAGUGUGCAAAAUGCUAGGAGUAUCUUGUUGUUUUUCAAUUCCAGAUUAUGCAGACAAUAUCACCGACGUUGUGAAGCACAUGAGAGAAUCAGUUCGUGAACCCACACCGGUAGAUGCAACAUGGUUUCAAUGGUUGGACAGCCUAUCCGGGGGAUGGGGAUAUUGGAUAACCGGAACCGAUCGAAUGAUGUUAGCAAAAAGAACGACUGACGUCAACCAGGCUAUGCUGGUUAGACGCACAUCUAAAGGUUAUCGUCCGAAAGAUCAGAAUCAAACUUGGGGAUCCAUAUUUGAUCAUAACAGCGAUACGGACGAGGAUGAUAUUGAUUGUGUUCAAACGCAGGAGUUAGAACCAGAACCAAUACCGGUGAUAGAAGAACCAAGAAAUGUUGAUGGACGUGACAAUGUAAUGGAAGGAGAUAAUGGGCUUGACGAUUCGGUAAUUGAGAUUGGCACGGUAGAUGAUGAAGAGUAGAUAUAAUUAUGUUUAUGUUUUCGUUUUUAUUGAGGGUGAUUGGUGUUGUUAUGUUUUUAUUACAAAUCAGUCCGAUUGAUCUUUUACCUCAAAGAGCAGCUUGCAAACCAGAAAACCACAU